AAACAACAAGCAAAUAUUAUUAAGUUUCAUAAUCAUUAACAAGACUUGUAAUUUGAUUAACAUUCAGUCAACAAUGAAUAUGAUAAGAAAACUUAAAAUGUGCUCAAUUUAGUGAUUAACUAAUCGUCUCUACUUUAAUCAACUAUCUAGACAAUAGUGUUAAUCUUAUUGACGAUAAUGCCAAGUAAAUGAUAUACAUAAUAAAUUGAAUUUUUAAUCGUUAAACUAAUCAAUCGAAAAAGACUAGAAAAUGGAAUUGAUUAAAUUUAUCCAGAACAACCAAUACAAAAUCUUCAAGACACUUUUAACUUAUAUGACCUUCGUUGGCCAUGGUUGUAUCAAUACCUUAGUGGGCAGUUCGUUACUUGACCUUCAGAUUUUAGUUCAACGUUCAUUUGAAAUAACAUCACGAAUGGUUCCCGCUCGUUCAAUUGGAUAUGUGAUCGGUGCUUCAUCGUGUGGCCUUUAUGAGAAACGUAUCGAUGAUUAUCUCGUCCUCUCGAUAUCGACUCUUAUUUGUGCGAUUUGUAUCUCUCUAUCUCCAUGGUUCACUCAGCUUGAAUAUGUGUUCAUUUUGAUGAUAGUCGCUGGUUUUGCUCAAGGAGUUUUCGAUAUUUAUUGUAACGUGAUUAUCUUGAGGAUUUGGGGUGAAAACGGAAUCAACUGGUUACAAGUUUUACACAUGUCUUAUGGUCUUGGUGCUUUAAUUGCACCAAUUUUCACCCGACCUUUUCUACUUCCAAACAUCGAAUCAGCUGAUUUCAACUCAUUGAUAAAUAUAAAUAAUGUAACACACACUAAUACGACAACAUCUAAAAGUUAUUCUCCUGACGAUGUUAAAGUUCAAUAUGCUUUCGGAAUAGUUGGAGGUAUGCUAAUGGUUGUUUCAAUUCCAUACUUUUUCUGUUACCUUCAUGAUAGAAAAGCUGAGAAAAUUGGAGUUAAAGAAGUGAAAUUGAAACAAGUCAAAUCAGAGGCCAGUUCAGUCGCGAAAGCGGGUGCUGUCAUUAUAGCUGCUUUGGUUGCGAACUUUUCAUUUGGAACCGAAUCUGUUGUGGGUAAUUUGGCCACAGCAUUUGGAGUUAAUGCCGACGUUAAAAUGGACAAAAAAGAUGCGGUUCUAUUGACAACUUGUUACUGGACAAUGUAUUCAUUUUAUCGAUUGAUUUUCAUCCCAUUGACAAUAUUCAUUAAAGAGGAUCGCCUAUUUGUGGUCAAUUUAUUCAUUAUAAUCAUCGCCAUAAUUGUUAUGGUUCCUCGAGCUGCUUCUCAGUCAACAUUUACCUGGAUUUCCUUCAUCUUAUUGGGUAUUGGCCAUUCACCAAUAUUUUCAAUAGCCUAUGGUUCAUUGGGAAAAUAUUUCCAUGUUUCAAAUUUUAUGACAUCGUUUAUAUUCAUCAAUGGUGUUAUUGGUGAAACGAUUCACGUUUCAAUUGUUUCCAAAUUUGUUGAAUCAAAACCAAUAUUUUUCAUUUAUUAUCUUGGCUCCAUUUCCAUUAUUUUUGUUAUAAUUAGUGGAACACUUCCAGUAUAUUGCAAGAAAGUAAUUAAAAAACCAAAGGCUCACUUCACCAGCGUACCUGCUGAAGAGAUGCAAGAACUUUGAACGAAA